CAGAUUUCAGAUUUCAGAUUUCAGAUUUCAGAUUUCAGAUUUCAGAUUUCAGAUUUCAGAUUUCAGAUCCCAGAGAAUCGACCCGCUGCUGUCUAUCAAUUCGGGCACUGCUGCCUCCGAUCCGUCCUCCACCUGCGCCAUGAGUUCCCUCGCCAGACACAUGUUGCGCCCCAGGAUUAACUCUGGUCUCUGGGUUCGACCAAUCUCACGGAGCGCCUUGCCCAGCCAGCCGUUCCUCGUCAGAGGAGCCGCUCAAUAUCCUCAUCUGCAAGCUGUCGCACGGGAUGCUCUCCGAUUCCCCAUAUCUUCCCGGCCUCUGGCCGCCUUAGCGCUGAUACGAACAUCCGUUCCACAAGUCUCCUCGCCUCAUAUCGGCAUCGCCUCGGUUCAGGUUCAGUGCGGUCUCCAGCAUCGACGGCUCCACUCCUCUCCUUGGAUGGCUCGCCAAUGGGGAUCUGGCCCGGACCGGCACCCGACUCAAGUCUAUCUAAAACCCCGCUAUACCCUGUUCCAGCGGUUUAUCCAGGGGCUUGGCUGGAUGACCCUCAUCCUUUUUGUCGGCCCCAUGGCGGUGCUCGUAGUCGGCCCGACGGUACUCAGCGUCGCACUUCCGCUCGGGGGCUUGGGUCUGCUCAUCGCCUUUGUUGGAGUCGGCUUCUCUGGUCUGCUUCUGGUUGCGCUUCCGGUCCUCGUGCUGGGAGUUGUGGGUGCCAUGGCAGCAGUCGCCUUGCCUGUCGGAUCGGUCUAUCGCCAGAUCAAGGAUAUCGAGCCCGAAGACGUCACCCGUUCCGGCACCAGCGAAUGGCAGAUCAUGACUCACGAGCAAUACCGUGAGCUGCAUCCGAGCGAGCAGAGCCACAAGGUCGUCAACGUUAGCUCGGCCCAUUACUCUCUCUCAAGCGACGGAAGCCGCGGCGUCAUCUCGAUCACCGACGACGACGAGAACAACGACAGCAGCGACUGGACCAUGUCGCCCAAGGUGCGGUCGUGGGUGCAGCAGCUCCUGCAGGAAUACCGCCGCGUCUGCAUGAUCGUCGACGAUGAGCUUGUGCAGAGAGAGCUCGAUGGCGAAGAAUGGCCCGACAGCGUCAUCCUGUACCGAAAAUCGCACUGGCUCGCGAUCACAUAUCCGAUCGCCAUUCCGGUCGACCGCCAAUGGACUCGAGUCCACAGAGACGCCCGCGAGAUCAAAAGUGUUGAUCUGCAGCUAUGGUCGUAACGGCCUCAUGGAUACUAGUUUGAGUCGAUCAGUGAAUAAAUGAUUGGCUCCGAUUGAUAGGAGGGUGUGGCAUUCUGCCCGGGCUCCUGCUGCUUGACGGCCUUUCCCUGGCGUUCCGCCCUGACAUCGCGU